CCCUGGUUGUGGGCUGGUGGAGAGGGAGGAGGGAGCCGGGGCUGCGGGGAGCCGCGAUGAGGUGAACACAACGCCAGCAACCGGUUGCAACGCUCAAACUUACUCCUUGCGACUUUAUUUUCUUUUACUUUCCGUUAGUGUGUGUGUGUGUGUGGAAACGUUCGCCAGUUGCGCUGCAUUCACGGGAAAAAGGCUCCCCCUGAAAGAAUAGUCGGGGAGGGCGUUUUCCUGCUUCCCACUUCAAAUGAGUGGAGCGCCCGUGUUGUAGACUCAGGCAACUUGUCCCCUUUGUCAAACUUAUUGCACCAGUUAAAGAAUGAUCUUCCCAAGUCAUCCCGUCAGAAAUCCAUCGAGCAAGCAGACUUCUUGUGUACCCACCUCGCAUCCAAUGGCCCCUCCUAGUCCCCUCACGAGCAGCAACAACAGCAGUGGCAGCAGUAACGCAGGGUGGGAACAGCUUAGUAAGACGAACCUUUACAUCAGAGGACUGCCACCAGGCACCACUGACCAAGAUCUGGUGAAACUCUGCCAGCCGUAUGGCAAAAUAGUAUCAACAAAAGCCAUUCUGGACAAGACAACUAAUAAAUGCAAAGGAUAUGGCUUUGUGGACUUUGACAGUCCGACUGCAGCUCAGAAGGCAGUGGCUGCCUUAAAGGGCAACGGUAUCCAAGCCCAGAUGGCAAAGCAACAAGAACAGGACCCCACAAACUUGUACAUCUCCAAUCUGCCACCAUCCAUGGAUGAACAAGAACUGGAGAACAUGCUAAAGCCAUACGGACAAGUAAUCUCCACAAGGAUAUUGCGGGAUUCCAACGGAACAAGUCGUGGAGUUGGCUUCGCAAGGAUGGAAUCGACAGAGAAAUGUGAGACAGUCAUAGCACAUUUUAAUGGAAAAUUUAUUAAGACCAUUCCUGGAGUCCCUGCUCCCAUAGAACCAUUACUCUGCAAGUUUGCAGAUGGUGGGCAGAAAAAGCGGCAAAAUCAAAACAAAUUUGUGCAAAAUGGCCGGGCUUGGCAUCGAGAGGGAGAGGUGAGACUUGCUGGCAUGACCCUCGCAUAUGACCCUGGAGCUUUGCAGAACGGAUUUUAUUCGGCACCUUACAGUAUUGCAGCAAAUCGAAUGAUUGCACAGACAUCACUUGCACCCUACAUUGCAUCUCCUGUUUCAACCUAUCAGGUGCAGAAUACAUCAUGGAUGCCUCACCAACCUUACCUAAUGCAACACGCUGGCGCAGUAAUGUCUCAAUCCAUGGAACACCCCAUGUCAAUGCAACCUACAUCAAUGAUGAGCCCACUGACACAACAAAUGAGUCAUCUUUCAAUGAACAACACAGGAACGUACAUUCCGACUGCCACGGCCAUGCAGGGAGCAUACAUCCCCCAGUAUGCACAUGUGCCAACAGCCAAUGUUCCCAUGGAGGAGCCCAGCGGUCAACAGCAGCAGCAAGUUUCUGUGGAUUCUUCAUCUGAACACUCUCCCUACUCCUAUCAGCAAAGCAAGUAAUCCUCAGAUCUACAGGAUCGGCCCUCUCCCUGGUGGGCGGAGAACACAUAAGGACUGAAACAAUCAUGGCUUCUGAUCUAAUAUUCUCUAACAAUUGUCAACUUUUGCACAGAUUCUAAGAAAGAAAUAUUUGUAAUAAAAUCAACUGAAACAAA